AUGUUUGAAAACCAGUCAGAAAAACAGCCUUUCCAGCUCUUUGUGUUUUUUUCUACAACAGACUCCCACUCUCUCUCAAUAAUGGCUACAUUCAUAUCUGGAGAGACACAGUUCCCAGAGAUCACUAUGGCAGUGUUGGUCAAUGAUGUUCCUGUGGAAUACUAUGAUAGUGACAUAAAUAAAUUUGUUUCUCGGAGACACUGGAGGGUAAAUGACUCCAUACAGGAAACUGAGCUCAGAGAUUAUGUGGCUGCAGACAUUUAUAAUAGCCUGCAAAAAUCAUCUCACACACUGAUGAAGAAAUAUAAAUCACACUCAAGGAAACGAGUUCAUGUUUCUCAGGAGUUUGCAGCCUGUGACCUGGAGGAUGAAACACUGAGCAGAUUUUUCAUUAUGUCAGCAUAUGAUGGAGAAGAAAAAUUUCAAUAUGAUGCCCUCAGUCAUAUACAGAAUACACUUGUGCCAGAGUUUGUUUGGAGCAAAGAAACAAGUGACAUCAGAAAACAGAUAUACGCAAAUACCUACCAGCCACUGUGUGUGAAGACACUUAGGAGAUACCUGCAGGAGGACAAGAACACACUGCUGAGGAAAGAGCGUCCCAGAGUGAGGGUCAUACAGAAGACAGAGCCACACAGCGGAAGGACACAGGUGAGCUGUGUGGCCACCGGCUUCUACCCCCGACGCAUUAACAUGACCCUGCUGAGGGACGACCGGCCCGUCCCAGACCGGGAGCUCACGGGAGGAGAGGUGCUGCCCAACGGAGACGGGACCUACCAGCUGAGAAGGAGUCUGAGUGUCAGUGAGGAGGAGCUGAGAGAGAGACACCGCUACACCUGUACUGUGUCGCACCUGAGUGUGGACAACAAGCUGGACGUCAACUGGGAACCAGAAGCUCCUGCAGACCCUGUGCUCAUCAGUGCAGUUCUCAUCCCUGUCCUGGUUCUCACUGCACUCAUCACUUGCAUUAUCCUCUGGAGGAGGAGAAGACACACUGGUGAGGAGGAUGAGGACUGGAUGAUGGACAGAUCCAUUAUUGUCACACUAAUAAACUGUGGAGUCACAAUCAGGGACACAGAGGAGGUGUUUCACUGAGAUUUCCCAUAACCCUCCUCUACUGAUCAUUACUGUGUCAUUUCU